CGGCUCCCGGGUGGCUGCCAGGCUGGGGGGGACCCGCUCCCGCUCAGAGCCGAGGGGGGUUUGUGAACAUUUGUCCUUGAAAGCUUACUGAAGUAUUUUAUUUGUAUUGCCUGGAAGGAUGUAGCUUCAGUUGAUGAUGAAUCAGUGUUUUUCCUAAACAAGAUACAAGCACGAUGGCUGACAAAACAAAGUCCACUAAACCUGCAAACAAGACCCCUCCAAAGUCUCCUGCAGAUCCAGCAAAAGAGAGAGCAGCCAAAAGGCUAUCUUAUGAGUCCAACAGUUCCCACGAAGGGGCUAUGGCAGCAGAGCUUAGUGCUCUAGAAGAGACUUUUAGAAAAUUUGCCAUCCACGGAGAUACCAGAGCCACAGGAAAAGAAAUGCAUGGGAAAAACUGGUCAAAAUUAUGUAAGGACUGUCAUGUGAUAGAUGGGAAGAAUGUGACAAUCACAGAUGUUGACAUUGUCUUCAGUAAAAUCAAGGGGAAAUCUUCUAGGACGAUUACUUUUGAUCAAUUUAAAGAAGCUCUUCAAGAACUCUCCAAGAAACGAUUUAAAGACCAGAGCAAUGAGGAAGCAGUUCAAGAAAUACAUAAACUAAUAGAAGGAAAAGCCCCGAUCAUAUCUGGAGUAACGAAAACCAUUUCAUCUCCAACUGUAUCACGACUUACAGACACGACAAAAUUCACUGGUUCCCACAAAGAGAGGUUUGAUCCAAGUGGGAAAGGAAGAGGCAAAGCAGGACGAGAAGACCUGGUUGAUGCGUCGGGCUAUGUGCCUGGGUACAAGCACGCAGGCACAUAUGAUCAUAAAGUACAAGGAAGCAAGUAAGCCUGGGGGGGUUAAAAAGAGAGAAUAUACCUGUAAGAAUGAUGUAGAUGAAUCCCACAUGUUUCAGUUAUCAUGAAUGUGAAGACUAUGUUGGCGAGAAGUGUUUUCAGGAACUGGAACUGAUUUCAACAUCCGCUGAGAUACUUGCAAGCACAGCAACACUUCAUUACAUUCCUCAUGCUUACAUUGGCGAAAAUAUCAAAUACAAAGUUGUUGAGCUUUAGACAAGAAACCAAAUGGAAGGGCUGUUCUACCACACUUAGUCAAUACUGGUAAAAGAUCUCAAACAUUCCUAAAUGUCCAGUUCUUUCUUGGGUAUAGAAGAAAACCACUCUCCAGAUAGUUGAAAAGAGGGUCACUGUAAAUUUUCCUGUGAUAGCAGCCUUUCCAAAGAGCACCCCAAUAUUUAUGUAGUUUGAUUUGAAUACUUAUUUAUUUGAAAGAUGUCUUAAAGAGGAUCCAGCUCUGUCCUCAAAGACAAAAAUUCAGUAUUGUACUAGUGGGAAGUAAAUGGUUGUAAUAUAACAGGUUGCUAUCCUGAAAAGAAAUAGAUUUUCCUAGACCACUGGUGAACAACGAAAGACUUAUUCCUCCUUGCUGAGACUAUUUAGGUUCCAAUGUAUUUGUCAGCAGAAAGAUGUGGAAGAUACUAGCCUUCGUCUCUUUACCCCCCAAAGCCCAGGACUUCUCAAAACCAAUACUGUACUUCCUGCAAGUUACCGCAUGUAUUGGUAGCAUGGUUCUAACUGAAACCACAGGACAUAAAAGGCGCUAAUGUACUAACAUGAUCUAUGGAGGAGCUAGAUAUAUUGCUAAAGAAGUCGUGAUAGAAAUAUUAAUCUUGGUUGCAAUCUGGUUUUUGGUCUGCACAGGGCAAGUGAAGGGGGCAUUAAGAUGAUGGAUUAUACGUUUUAAACUUUAUGUUAAGUGUGAACUAAACACCACUGAUCAGAGUUUCAUUGAGCUAGGCACAUAUUCUCAUGCACAUGUACACACAUACACAGGCACAUGCUCCUUUUUAAGUUGUGACUGCGUUAAGGAAGGUCUGGGACAGCUCUGCAAUACCGAAGUUCAAGUAAGGACAACUAAAUUAUCACCACAAAAUAGUAAUUUGUUAGUCCUUUAUUUUACAGUUAGGUGCGUCUCACCCCCUCUAAAGAUAUAUUACGAACGUUAGCUACAUUAUUUGUUAAGUGUUCUAUGUUUGAAGCUAGGGGCUCUCUUCUCCUCUUAUUUGGACUGUCCAGUGUAAGUCAGGAAUAAUUCCUUGAAGGCAAUCAAUUUCCACUGGUUUAGAGCUGCUGUAAGAGGAGAAUCAGGACCACGGUCUUAAUGAUCUAACAAACUGGCCACAAGUAUCCCAUAUAUGGCUACCAUAACAAGUGGUAUUAAUUGAUAAAUCACUGAAAAAAUCUCACUCAUUUGAUAUUGCUUAAAAAGUAAGGAGAAAUAUCCAUACAGAAAAAGUGUAGGGGCUCAUUAGCUGAUCUCUAUAUCCUACAUGUGGUUAUUGAUAUUCCACAAAGCAGAAUAAGCACCACAAUGUAUAAUAUAAAAUGAUAAAGGAGGACUUUUAGUUGGGUAUUUGAUUACAACCAUUUAAAAUUCUGCUUUGCUUUCUAUUAACUGAAGUUCAAGCAUUAACUUUAUAACUUCAGAUAGUACAGAUAGUACACACUUCUGUUGCCUCUCUGCCACCAUCUGUGUCAGGGUUCUAAUGUACACCGAACAGGUAGCGUUAGUGAGCUACUUAUAUACAGUAAGCAGUAACAUAUGCUAGUUUUUCAUGCAGGCCAAUACCCUGUAUUUGGCACAUGUCCAGACACUGAACACAGGUUCUCAUCCUUUGAACAGACGGUCUUUUAAUUCUGCUGACUUUCUAUAGAACUCUUUUUUGUAACUUUGCCACCACUGACCUUUCAAACCAACACAUGAACGUGAAACCAAAAUAACAAUAAAUAAAGAGAAGUAGUCCCUCAUGGGCUUGGAAUUUUUUGUUUGUUUGUUUGAUUAUAGUUUGUUUUGAUUUUGGUUUUCAGGAGAGAGGGAAGUCUGCGCAACCCAGUGCAUGCUUUUAAAAGGUCUUGUUUGUGUGUUUUCCGCUUUAAGCCCUCCUUGGUGGCUCUGGUUACCUGACACAAUUUUACAGAUACACCAGGACUGUCAGUGUGUGGAAAUAUUUGUUUGUGAAGCCUUUCCAAGCGUUUCAAAGUUAUCCACUUUUCCUGAACCAUCCAGUUCCUGGAAAAGGAAAGGUUAUCCAUUUACACAUCAUACUGGCUACCUGCCUUCCCCUUCAAGGAGAAGUAACAGCAUAAACCCACUUUCAGAUAUUUUUUAUGCCCAAUUAAUUCCAGAAAAGCAGUGGAACACAGAGUAACUGGUAAAGUGUAGACUAGAGAACACAUUCCUUCCUGAAAUGUCCUAUAAAGCUACAAAUCUGGAUAGUGCUCAAGGACAGUCAUUUUACUGCAACGGAUGUGUAACAAACCUUGAAUUAUUUGUAAAACACUACCAAAGCUGAAUAUCGCAAAGAUCACAUUAGCGCUGUCAAUUCAUUUCAGUUAACUCAUGCGAUUAACCCCCCAAAAUUAUUGUGAUUAAAAAAAUUAAUUGCGAUUAAGCACACUGUUAAACAAUAGAAUACUAACUGAAAUUUAUUAAAUAUUGUUGGAUGUUUUUCUACAUUUUCAAAUAUAUUGAUUUCUAUUACAACACGGAAUACAAAAUGUACAUUGCUCACUUUGUUAUUUUUGGUUACAAACAUUUGCUCUGUAAAAAUUAUAAAAUAGUAUUUUUCAAUUCACUUCAUACAAGCGCUGUAGCGCAAUCUCAUUAAUCGUGAAAGUGCAACUCACAAAUGUAGAUUUUUUUUUUUUGGUUACAUAACUGCACUCAAAACAAAACAAUGUAAAACUUUAGAGCCACAUCCACUCAGUCCUACUUCAGCCAAUCGCUCAGACAAACAAGUUUGUUUACAUUUACGGGAGAUACUAAUGCUUGCUUCUUGUUUACAGUGUCACCUGAAAGUGAGAACAGGCAUUCGCAUGUCACUUUUGUAGCCAGCGUUGCAAGCUGUCUCGGAUGAUGACCCAGCACAUAUUCAUUUUAAGAACACUUUCACAGCAGAUUUGACAAAACGCAAAGAAGGUACCAAUGUGAGUUAUCUAAAAAUAGCUACAGGACUAUACUCAAGGUUUAAGAAUCUGAAAUGCCAUCCAAAAUCUGAGAGGGACAAGGUGUGGACCAUGCUUUCACAAGUCUUAAAAGAGCAACACUCAGAUGUGGAAACUACAGAACCCGAACCACCAAAAAAGAAAAUCAACCUUCUGCUGGUGGCAUCUGACUCAGAUGAUGAAAAUGAGCAUGCAUCGGUCUGCACCGCUUUGGAUCAUUAUCAAGCAGAACCCGUCAUCGGCAUCGACGCAUGUCCUCUGGAAUGGUGGUUGAAGCAUGAAGGGACAUAUGAAUCUUUAGUGCAUCUGGCACGCAAAUAUCUUGCUACAACAGUGCCAUGCGAACACCGGUUCUCACUUUCAGGUGACAUUGAAAACAAGCAGCAGGCAGCAUCAUCUCCUGCAAAUGUAAACAAAUUUGGUUGGCUGAAGUAGAACUGAGUGGACUUGUAGGCUCUAAAGUUUGACAUUGUUUUAUUUUUGAGUGCAGUUAUUUUUUGUACAUAUUCUGCAUUUGUAAGUUCAACUUCCAUGAUAAAGAGAUUGCACUAUAGCACUUGUAUGAGGUAAAUUAAAAAAAUACUAUUUCUCUUGUUUUUUACAAUGCAAAUAUUUGUAAUCAAAAAUAAAUAUAACGUGAGCACUGUACACUUAGUAUUCUGUGUUUGUAAUUGAAAUCGAUAUAUUUGAAAAUCUAGAAAACAUCCAUAAAUAUUUAAUGAAAUGGUAUUCUAUUAUUAAAAGCAUGAUUAAUCGCGAUAAUUUUUUUUUAAUCACUUGACAGCCCUAGUUCACAUGGCUGUUGAGAGCCUGACCUGAAGCCAAUGGGAUCUGCAUCAAGCCCAAAUUGAAGGCCAAGUCCUGCAAGUUGCUGAGCCCCAUCAACUCCUGUUGACUUCACUGUUCAUCACUAGGAAGUUGCCUCAGCUAGUGUGACAGGCUGUACCCACCUCCUGCAGGGUGAGGUGUAGGAGCUAUUGCAUCUUUGAAAUGCUGCUGAUCCCACAGAGUGUCAAGGCUUCAAAGAGCACUGCUGUGCUCUACUGCUGCCCAAAUGUGGCAGGGCACAGCAGUGAAGAGAUUUAAAGUUGUGGCUCUGGGUGUUUGAGAAGCCUUACAACCUAAGGGUCUGACUGUGUGCAGGAGUUCCAUGUCUGGAGUGUGUGUAGGUCCUGACCCUAAGGCUAGUGGGUGCAGGUCAUAGUUACAUGCUGAAAAGGAACAGACCUAUUGCACUACUCCUUGUUGCAUAGACAAGCUUGAUAGCACCAACAACACUAUUGCUAUAGUUACUGCACACUACUUCUGGCUUACAAAUAGGCUUGGCAGAAUUUGAUUUUUAUUUUUUUCUAAUUUCAUCAGAUAUCAAUAUUUAUUUUAAAGCAUCCCCCUCCCCCCAAUUUUUAUUGAUUUUAAAUUUUCCCAGUUGGGGGUGGUCAGACCAUUAUUUAAUGACAGUUGAUGUUGCAAGUCAAAAAAGUUAGCUUUGCAACCAUUAAAACACAAAUUGUAAACAUCAUAUGUCAUAAUACGCAAAGUAAAUAUCCUUAAAUCAAAUUCUAGUAAGUUCUCAAGCAGCAUUUUUCUUACGUUGCCUAUUGAUAAAUGUUGAUGAUUAUCUAUGGCAAUAUUUUCUGUUGGUUUGUUUGUGUGCAGUAAAAUGGAUGUUUACCAACAUUUAAAGAUAAAACUUGAAUCCUUCCAACCCUACCAAAAGUUCCUACCAAAAGAAACAUGCUCUAUAAGGGCCUUAUCCAAAGAGCACUGAAGUCAAUGGAAAGUCUCCUAUUCACUUCAAUGGGCUUUGGAUCAGGCCUUAAGAAAAUAACACCAACAGCAACAUUAUCGGUUGACAGAAGCAUUUCUAUAUUUCCUAUUAAAAUGUUAAAUGGAUAUUUAUUUUAAUAUUUUUUCCAAUUGUCAAUUUUUAAAAGCCAAAUAGAACAGGUGAAGAAAAGUUACUUUGAAAUGAGGGUGAAGAGGGAAGAUAGUAGGAAAGAAAAUCUUUUGUGAUCAGUCUUUUCUCUGCUGCUAACUGGAGGUGAGAACACAACAAAAGAGUGACACUUACUUUCUGAGAUUCAGUGUCUGCCUAGCCCUUACAGGCUGGGAAGGAUGCAAAGAGCCUGCCCCUUGUGUAGCCUGCAUGAGGGCUAGGCACAGUGGCAGCCCCUGCACUUGGAGAGCAGGGUGUGCGGAGGAUAACAGCCACAUGUGUAGGAGGCAGCAGGCUGCACCCCAUUAAGCGGUGUAGAAGUAGGUGUGCUUCUAUUGUACACCAUUAUUCUAGGCUGGGUAAAUGGCAUGGUCCCUAGGCAGGAUCUGUGUACAUUGCAGGUUUUCUGCUUGUGAUCUUUUUCCAUGCAUCUAAGUCUGUUACAUCUGACUGUAUUCUUGUCAGUUUGAUUUGAAGCACCCAAUGCUUCUCAAUUCACACACACACACACACACACACACACACACAAAAGUCACUGUACAAAUCUUGCAGUCCUCAUCUUUUGUUUUCAUUUAUAAUUUGAUUUUGCAUCCUUUGAAGCUCAUAGUAUUGAAACAUGACAGGAUACUUCAAAUGUGGUAUUGCAGAUAUCAAAAUCUAUAUUUUAGAAACAAAUCGAACACAAUUAAUUUAAAAAUAAAUUUCAUUCAUAGGUGUAGUCUGGGGGGACCAGGGGACGUUAUCCCCCUUCCCCGCCGAAAACUGCAAGCCUGGGGCAGGCACUGUUGGCCUGACUGGAGGUGCCCCUCCCUACCCCCAAAUACAGAGUCAUAAUAUGCUUAUGAUUACGUUAACACCAAGGCAGGGCCCAGUCCUGCAAAGCCUUACACAUGUGCUUAACUUUACACCCUGAGUGCAAAGUUAAGCACUUGCAUUAUGAGUCUUUGCAGGAUCAGGGCCCAAGAAAUUAAAGUGCUGACUGGGGGAAACAAAUGGAUUUUUAAAAAGUGAAGUGACACAAAAAUCAGAUUUGAUUCUUGCUUUAGUGCUAGUUUAAUAAAUUAUUUUGAGUUCAUGAUGUGCUUUAAUGUUUAGUCAGUGUAGUUCUCUCACGCUUUAGGAUUUUUCCCCAAUAAUCACAUUUAUAUAGAGCAUUCAGUAAUGGACGUUUUUGUCCUUUUAUUUAUGGCCACGGAAGCUCUAACAACAGCCUUAAAAUAACGCAUGCAUUUAAAAGGGCAAUUUUGCUUUAACAGCUCUUCUGCAUGAGCUAUUACAUGAUGAAUUCUAAUAAAAUAUUUUUAUGAGUUCAGAUUAAGUAAAUAUUUUACGCGGGGGAGACUGGCCAGGAUAAAGCCACCAGAUUUAAUAUUUGCAGUUCACCAAAAUUUCCUAGUAACUGUGUGGUUUCAGUAAGAGAUUUAUUGCUGGUUUUCUGUUUGGUAUCUUCAAACUCAAAAGCCUCUUCAAAGUUCAUAGUUUUCAGCAGCUUAGGGAUUCCCAUCUGAAGAUAUUUUUGGCUAAAGCAUGGCACCGGCGCAUGCUAUUGAUCUAUGUCAACAAGAAAACGUGCUGGGGUUAUAGGAGGCCUAAACCUUCAAUAAAUAUUUUGAACCAUGCUUGGUUUUUUUCCUCCGCUCACUCUAUUCAUUUUUUUUAAUUUACAGCACCUGACAUUUCAUUUCAUGCUUCAGAUCUACCAGUAAUUUUUACUGACUUGGUUCGCGGUGCUGGGUGUACCCCCAUAUACUUGACCCUUCCCCAAACAUCUUAAAACUAAUUUGAAAACCAAUUUUUAUUUCUUUUAGGCUAUUAACUAUUACAAACUAAAGUUUGAUUCUUUGUGCCUCUGUGUGCAAUGCCAUAUUGCUUGAUAUUUAAAGCAUAACCCUGCCUUACAGUGAUGUAUGGAUGUACUUGUUGGGGGCAUCUAUCUGUGUCCUGUUUGUAAUCAUGAAGAGGUGUUCUCUGCCCUCCAUUGGCCAAGAAACAAACCAUUUUGAUCUCAUAAUAAGGAGAAAAUGUAAUGUGUUGCAUGCAUUAGCACAUGCCCUCCAAACUAUUAGCCUUGAGUGUGUGCCAAAGUAACCACACCUUUUUGUACAGCAAACUCGAAGUACUUUACGUACCCUGCCAAUUGCUCAGAAGUGAGUAAUAUAAUACCCAAGAUUUGUACAUGUUUGUUAGCAGGUGUGUAUGUGUGUGUACCGACGCUGUAGAUGUAACUAGUAUUUGUGCCAUAUGCGUGCUGAUCCAAAACUUAAAGCUACCAGGGCCAAAUCCUGGCCCUUCCACAAAACCGGACCAGAGCUGUGUGGCUCUAAUGCUGCAAAGCCCUCUCCAUACAAUGGAGGACAGAAAUCCCUGUCAGGGCAGCUCUAUAGCUCCUGCACAGAAGUCUAACCCGUUCCUGGUUCUGGAGGGCAGCGUCCACAACUCUGUCCCUCGCUGGACUACGUUGCAGGGCAGCUACAGAGUAGAGGGGGGUAACAUCACAGGAGCACGCCCCCCUGAUGUUCCACCAGGAAAGGAAACAGCUAUCAGUCAGGGCGAGGACAAUAGGUCACCAGAAUGGAUGCCCUCACAUGCCCGCCAGGCAACAUUUUACAAUUAUCCAUGGCAGGGAGUCCCAAUUCAUACCCUGAGCUCUUUGGCCUCAUGCACUUUUGCAGCCCUUUUUCGUUAGGCGGGUAUGUAGUUACUGUACAGACCACUACACCAGGCCAGCCAUCCUCAGCAACAAUCAGGUCAGUGCAGAGCCCAUGUAUUUCUGGGGGGGAAAGGACUAAAAAUGUGUCCUUUUAUUCCUGUGGAACUGGGCCUAAGGUGUUGGCCCAUAAUGAUUACACAAGCCCCAAAAGUAAAAAUAUGAAACAUCAGUGCAGAGAGCUCAAAUGCGCAUUAAACUCCUAAUAAAUGCUACAAGCCACGUAAUCAAACUGGGUGCCUCAGUUGGACACCUAAAUAAAUCCCACAUUGGCACUUGAUGCCCACAUGACCAUUGGAGCACCCAAAUAUUUGAAAAUAGGGCCUAGGCUGUUUUCAUAUUUUUAUCCAUAAAGGCAGCAAGAGACACUCUACUACCAUCACAAUCACCUGCUAGAUCCCCAAAGCAAUGGGAAUAUAAGAAGGAAGCUCUUGAAAUGUUGCCUUUCAAACUAGUGAUGGGGUAGCCUCCGAAGGUUUGGAUGCACUGCAGACAGAACCUCCGUUGCCCAAGAACUGAUCAUGAGAUCAGGAGCCGUGGGGAUACUGCAAGGACAGCUAUUUUUUCAUAGUUUUCCAAUAUUUCCUCAUCUAUAUUGCACUGAAGCAAGAGAGGUGGAUUUCAAAACAAGGUAAAAAGACAAGUCUAAUUUUAGUUUUUGUUAACGUUGGAAAAAAAGGAUUGGAAUUAAUUUGGGGUUUGGAUUAGCUCUUAUUUCAUUCAAACUACCUUACCCCACAAAAGCAGGAAAGGGGAAGUGGAUUUUUGCUGUAACACAAGGCAAUUUGAUUAAAAAUAAGGAAAAUAGUGAGUGCAUUUGCUGGAUAUUGACACAUGCAUGGUGGUAUUGAAGUGUUCUAAUGCCACUCUGAAAUGGAUAUUAUACUGUACCACCUUUUCUCAUGCAUACAGAUCUAUUUGGGCAAACGUAAACAGUAUACAAACAAAUGCCAAGAUUAUCCAAAGUUGGUGUCUAAAGUUAAGCUCCUAAAUUCCUAUUUAAGUAUCCAAAUAACUGGCCUGAUUUUGAAAAGUGCUGAUCAUCCAGCACUCUCCACUGAAGUCAAUCACUCAUCAGGUGAUGAGUUAAUUUUUGAAAUACAUGUAUAAGCAUCUGUUAACUUCCUGAAUAACUGAAAAGUACAUGGCACUUGAAGGAAGCCGUUUUCAUUGUACUGUUAAUUUUUUUCUGAAUAUAUGUUUUAAAGAGACCCAUCACUCAGUGGUUAUUUCAGCCAGUGUUCUUAAUAAUGCAUGCUCAAGAUUCAAUUACUUUUGAUUUUUAGUGCCACAUGAAUAAAGUUAUAUUCAAAUUAACUAAAAAUACAGCCUUGAAAAAAUAUACUCACAUGCCUCACAUAACUCUCCAUUUUAACCAGGAGUUAUUCUACGGAUGGUUUAAAAAAACGAGGCAAGACAGAAGGGUGAUCUACUCCCAGAUGAUGGUGCAUUAUUUCAGGUUCCAGUUUACAGUAGAUGAAUUUGUGUUGGUAUUUGCUCAAGUGCUAUUUUAAACAUAUGAAAUAGUUCAGCAUGGGCUCGGUUAAAGACUGUUGGUGUUAAUGCAGUCAUCAAAUACAGCCUUUUAUUUUUCUGUGGUAAAUUAUUCUUACUAACUAUAUAAAGGCCUUGUGUAAAAGCCUGGACACACACAGAAGAGCUUAAAGCUGUUGACAAAGUACAUUCACUAAGCAGUGAAUUACAUGAAGUUACAAAGUCAAAAACAACAACAAAUUAUAGUGUGUAACAUGAGAGUGUUUUUCUCUGUGCUGGCUUCAGAAUAUAUUCGCCUCAGCAGACAAAUCCACCAGGAAGUUUUCCCCCAUACUGCCAAUAGUAUAAAGUGGUUUGUUUGGCUCGAAAUGCUGCAGAUUAAAAAAAUGGUCGAUGAUGGGUAUAUAGGUUGAGGUUUAUCCUCAUCAAGAUUUAAUCAUGUCAUAAAUUUAAACAUCACCGGAAAAAUAUAUAUUUAUACAGAGGAAUAUUUUUUGAAUUCAGUUUCUGGAUGUUUUUUAUCAUUCAUUUUCAGCCAUAGCCAUUUAUUUAUGCAUAUUAUCCUUUGCUCUUUAAUUACAUCUUUUAUCUGUCUCAUCCUGUUCCAAUAUACACAUCUGAUUUGGCUUAUAUUGUCUCAGAUCUACAUAUGUCUGGAUGUGCUUACUGUCAGGACCUGCCCACUGGUGUGGAAGGAGAAUUGCUUUGGCUAGAGUAGUAGCCGCAAUCUGUGUCAGAUAGUUGUUUGCAACAUGGAGAUAGGUCUUAUUCUCAUCUUCCUUGGAGCCCUGUAAAGCCUGAUAAAUAGCUAAAAUUAAUCUGAUCAUUUCUUGUUCCUUUUUAUGUCUUUCAUCUUGGCCCAGAAAACCAGGAAGCUGCUGUGUGCUUAUGAUUACCUUAUAGUCAAUGUUUAGUAUUGCAAACAUUAACAUUCAUCUGUACUAGCAUACUGUGUCCACUGUGAAAUUUUCAACAUUGUAAAAAACUAAGAUCAUUUAACCUUACAAGUUUACUUUUUUCUGACUAAUUUAUCACUGAUUUUUUUUCAUUAUUGCAAAUGAACAAUUUGAGUGUAGCAUCUCUUAAUGUUUACUGUAGUGGCUAAACAUACUGCAGUAUUUCACCUCUUGAUAAAGGGAGCCAUGCAUUUUUCAUUGCAGAACACACCGGGUGGAAUGCUGGCCCCAUUGAAGUCAAUGGCAAAAGCCCCAUUGACUUCAAUGGGGACAGGAUUUCAUCCGCUGGCUUUAAUGGCAGGAAAGAUGAACCCACCAGUGAGCCAAGGGGUUAAUAGCUAUGACAGAGGUUAUGGGGGAGCACAUCAGUAAUUCUCUGUUCCCAGAUCUUAGUUUCAUUUCAACUACUAUUCAGUCUAACAAAAAAAAUAAAGACAGACACUUGAAAGGGAAUCGUAUACUACUAGUUUGUACUAGGUUUUUUUCAGGAAAAAGGAAACAAAUAUAUAUAUAUGCAAUAUAUUUUUACACUGUUUAAUAAUGCUAUAAAGUAUUAAAUAUAUCACUUUGUCAGUGUGAAUGUUAAAGUAAUGACAAUGUUGUGGAUGUUUAAACCUUUUAAAGUUGUCCGGCUGAUUUCUAAAACCACGUUAACCAUGGACAAGCUACUUUGUCAAGUAAACAACAUUAUUCCUGAUGUUUAGAGGAAAAGUUCAAGUAUGGCAGUAGUCUGUUUAGCACUGUAAAAGCUUGUUUUGAAAACUUUUAGUAAACUUCAUAUUGUGUACGCCAUUGUUUCUUAGGAGUAUAGCUUUUCAUAAUGUAUGCUACUGCUGCUGAUUGUAUAAAAUUGUAUCUUAAGGCGGUUAAGUGAUCAAUAAAUCUGUUAAUACAUGUUA